AUGUCUACAAGUACAGUGUACAAUGGGUCAAAUAGUCAUAUACCAAACGGAGGAAAGCAAAUCUAAAUGGAAGUUAGUUCAGAUUAAGUCAUAUUUAUAGCAAAUGUUAAUAGACAUUUGAUGAACAUCAUCAAGACAGACUUCAUAUUUCAUUAAGCUUUAUUGGUAGUUACUUCAAAUAUAGAUAAUGAGAGGAUAAGUCGUGAUAAGAAAUAUCAUCUUGUUGAAUAUGAGGAUGAUAGUAUAGUUAAGGGUUAUUAAAUUAAUAUAAGAAUAAUAAAAAAUCCAAAGUACUUGAACGAAUUGACUAAUUUUUAAGAUGAAUAAUAUGUAUGGGAAAAAAUGUCAAUAAAGUAAUAGUUUGAUAUUGAUACAUUAAAUAUCACUGUAAAUAAUAUUAUGUAGAGAAUGUAAGAUGUUGCAAAUUAAAAUGGAUUAUAUCGUACUUUGUCAAAUAAUUGUUAAUCUGUAGCAAAUUAAUUAACUGAAUAAUUAUUGUUAGAAAACAUUUCAAGCAAAAAUCUCAUAUUUUUAGCAUUGGUUGAAAAAAAAGAUGGUGAUCAUAAAGAAAGUGAAUCAUCACCUCAUUCAGCCUUGUUUGUUGCUACCUAGAAUUUUAAUUAUGGUUCAUCUCGAUCAAAUUAUUUAUGUUACAUUUUUGAAUAUCUAAAUGAUGGUAAAAUUCAUGCAUAUCAAUUUUAUCCUAAAAAUUAAACAAAUAACUUGAUCAAUUUGAAUUAAUUUGAUAAUGGAAAAAGUUAUUGGGAAACUAAGACAAAAAUUUAUUAUUUUUAUAUUAAGUAAACAGUAUAAAACAUUAUUGAUACAAUGAAAUAACAGAUAAGUUUUUUUUUUAAUAAUAGCACUAAUGUAGCAAAAGAUGCCUUUGAUAAAAUAAAUAAAAUAUAAGAAGAUGAAAAAAAAAGAUUAGAAGAGGAGAGAAGAAGGAGGGAUGAAUAUGAUGAAAUUAAGAGCGUUUUAUUUGCUACAGUGGCUCUUUUUAUUAUUUAUAAGAUUUUCUUUUGA